AUGGCAGGCCGUGAUCCGCCAAAGUUAACUCGGAAUUCGCUAGAGCAGUUGGAACACGCACCUAUGGGAGAGCCGCAAUUGCACAAUAGUCACGCAGCCGUCACUGUCAAGGAAGAGCAGUUCCACUCCUUCUACCAGCAGCAGGGCAUGGCUUUGCUCGGCAAACAGGGCCUAGAUGAGCACGGCCCCAUCCCGUCCGCGCAGGUCCCGUCGAAGUUUCCGGGGGCGGCAGCCCAAAUGCCAGCGUUCUCCGCCGAACAAUUGAACAACGAUCUGAAGCUCGUGCAAGGGCUUGUCAAAGCCACAAACGAGCAUCCGGUGAAACGAUACCUGACGCCUGGCAACAUUGCCGAUCCAUUCCACGUCGCCAAAUCAAAACUUGACGACCUGCAGACCCCUUAUGCGAGCGGCGAAUCUAUCGAGAGAAGGGACUUCAUUGCCCAGCUCAACUUCGAUGGGAUUAAGGGCAAAAUGAAGAAAAGCGGCAGUGCUAGGAGCUCAGAUAUGAAUGUCCAACCCGAUCAUACCCUCCCCGGUUCAAAUCGAGACCCUGACUCCACGCAUCUACCAAGGGAAAGUUAG